AUGGUCCCCCGGUUGUGGUUCGCGCUGGUGUCUGUGUGGAGCGCGUGGAGCAGCAGGCAGCGCGUGGACAGCAGGAACAACCUGAGGGGAGCACUGUCCGACGGCCUGUGUCACUAUGGCAACAGUGUGGAGUGCUGCUGGGGGUGGAGCCUGGAGCACGGCCGCUGUCAACCUCACUGCCCUCACGAGUGUAAACAUGGAGUGUGCGUUUCUCCGGGUCGGUGCCGGUGCGAGCCGGGGUUCACUGGGAAAACAUGCAACCGAGAUCUGAAUGAGUGUGGGCUGAAGCCGCGGCCAUGUAAACACCGCUGCAUGAACACUGUGGGCAGCUACAAGUGCUACUGCGCCGACGGGUUCAGACUGCAGCCCGAUGGAAGCUGCAAAAACGCUCGCACGUGUUUCCAUACCAACUGUCAGUAUGGCUGUGAGGUGACAAAGGGGCGGGUCCAGUGCACCUGUCCCUCGCCAGGGUUACGGCUCGGCCCGGACCAGCGCUCUUGUGUCGACAUAAACGAGUGUGUGACGGUGCCCGGAAUCUGUCCUCAUCGGCGGAAAUGCCUCAACACUUUCGGGAGCUUUGUUUGUACAUGUCACUUUGGAUCCAGACUGAGCUAUGUCAACGGGCGCUACAGCUGCAUUGAUAAAGACACAAGGUCGUUCUGCUCUCUGAAUCCUGAAGCUCCAAAGUGCAAGUGCAAAGAUGGCAGCUGUAAAGAUUUGCCCAAAGUUAAAGUGGAGCCUCAAACACCAAGACUUACAACUGCAACUACUCCUACUACCACAACAACAACUUCUGCCACAACAACAAUGCUCCUGGAUACUACAGCGACCUCCACAACUGUAAAUAACCACAUCCACAGAGAAGUGACCCAUCGGCAGAGAGGAGACGUUCACAUUCCUCGUCAUCCAGGUCAUUCCCAGGUUUGGGAGUUUGACAUUGAGUUGGGAAACACAGCAGAUGACGCUAAAGACGACACAGAUGCGGUGGCUAUUGAAUGCACGUUUGAUUGGGGAUUGUGCAGCUGGAUUUCGGACCGCGAGGGUGACCUGCACUGGGAGACAUCUCACGGACCACGAGGUGAGCGGUAUCUGUCCGUCCCUCCUCUGAAGCCUGGACAGAGAUCUCUGCGAGGGGCUCGGCUCUCCAUCGCAGUGUCUCCAACCCUCAGCCUGGGACCCGCCUGCUUCUCCUUCUCCCAUUGGCUGACGGGGCACCAUGUAGGCGUGGUCCAGUUGUUCCUUAGAAGUGGGUGGGACCAAAGAUAUGGCUCAGCGGUGUGGAGCAGGACUGGGGGACAUGGCUGGAGACAAACUCAGGUCACUUUGGACAAAAACUCUGUCGACCGGAUUUUGGUGAAGGCCGAGCGGAGGCGAGGUCACCGCAGUCAGAUUGCCGUGGACGAUGUCAAACUCAGACGCGGGCCCUGUAGAUGA